UUAUCAAUCUUUCCCUAUAUAUAUAUCCGAUCAUCUAAGUACGACACCAUCACUUACUUUCUUCUGUUCAGAGAGAGAUUGAAUUCCUUUUGCCUUGUCAAAAACUUACCUACUUCAGUAUGCUGAAACUACUCUUAGUUGUUGCCGUUUUUGUUGCGGGUACCCAAGCAUCUGCCAGAUGUUCUUUUAGAAAAAAAGGAGAAUGCCUGUCGCAAUUUAGACAUUUGGCAGAAGCCAAGGACAGUAAAGAGAAGAUAUGUAGGGUCUACCGUGAUGUUGGAAAGUGCCUUGCCAAGUCUCACUGCCAUUUACACCAAUUUGGUGGUUUAUUCAGGGCCGCACAUGAAGCGUGUGAGGGUAAAUGUGAACUCACUAAGGUGGUAGCAUGCAAACUUCAAGAACACAAUAAGAUGAUAAUGAACAAUGGUACUUACUGCUCAUACCAUCCCGCAUAUCUGAAAUGUUAUGAUAACACUGACUGCGAAGACUUGAUGAACGCUGAGGAUAAAAUGAUGCAGAGUUACUGUGGAAGUUGCAUCCAUAAAGAAUUUACAUGCUUGAGAAUUCUUAAAGAUAUCAAGAAAGUUGAACACAGCAAAGAGAAAAUAUGCGAUGUAUUUGCAAAGACAAAAUCCUGCUUGGAUGAUACUCAAUGUCAUUUCCAUAAAUAUAAGCAUUUGGUAAAAGCUAUUACAGCAUCAUGUGAAGGCUCCUGUGACUUACCUGCUCUAGUGAAAUGUAAGAAUAAGAAGUAUAAAGAACUGCACAUAACAAAGAAGAAUGUCUGUCAAGAGUACCCUAAAUUUAAAGAGUGCUUCGUAAAUGCAGGUUGUGAUGAACUGUUAGCAGCUAAUAAAAAGUUUAUGGCUCACUUCUGUCAUAAACAGAAUAGGUCUUAAAACGUGAUGACAGCACUAUCUUCAGCAAACCUGUUUUUCCAAAAUUCCGCAUAAUAAAAUAAUUGGUUAAAUACA